AUGAGUGUACCCCGGCUGGUGACGCAGCGGGUAUCUGGUUCAACUUCAAAGGCAAAUGCCACGGGCUUGUUAUCGACCAUUGCACAUUCAAUUAUCGCUAAUAAAGGGUAUACCAGAAUUGGAUUUCCUUAUCAGAGAGAUCCCAAGACUUUACGCUUUAAAGGGCCUAUUGAUGAAUUGCACAUGUUGCUCAAUUUCAAUGUCAUCCUUGUAGAUCAAUUGAAAAUUUGGCAGCAGCCUCUUCUCAAGCAUCGGGAAAUUCAAAUUUUGGCUCCACCAACCUCUCUGGAAGCAUUUCAGGAAAUCUUUCAGCCGUUGGAGUCACCAAUUGGGACAAGCUUCCAUCCUUCAACUCCAAAAUCAAGUCCAAAUCUUCUAACGCUCUCUUUGGGAGCUGGAAGUCAAGGAUAUAAACAAGUAUGCUUCAGUUUGAAACUGUUCAAUCUGAAACUAUUUCAGAUUAUUGAGGCUGCUUUCACGCAGCAUUCGCAAAAGGGUCACUCUCUGCAGGAUCGAAGUUUUGAUCGUGUCGCCGAAUGUUCUGUAUGCGGUGGUCUCAUAUGGGGUCUUGCGCCCCAAGGGCUCACAUGUCAAGCUUGUGAUAUCAGCAUCCACCAUCGCUGCAAAUCAGGUUUGAAAGAGGCCUGUACCAAGGAUAGCAAGUCUUCAAAUCUGAGUCGAAGCUCAGUCUCAAAUGUAUCCAUGAGUGCUUCCUCUGGAACCCCUCCAAAUAUCACUUCCUUCUCUGUACCUCGUUCCUCCAGUACCAUGAAUUCUCCAGCCUCAAGUUCUCAAUACCCCACUUUGCCUGAACAAACAAAUUCUUCAGGAUUGCUGUCCCAAAUGAACAGGAUAUCACGCCGCUUCUCCCUUAAGAAUGUGAUUCAACGAAGAACUAGCCUUCAACGGCCAAAUCUGCGUCUUAAUGCAACACCGGCUAUCCCAAUUCCUAUUUGGAGCGGCCAUAAUUAUCGUGGUUCUCGAAUCUACAGUAGUUGGACUGUGCGAAAGCGGAGAAGCCACCAUCGACCCAGCCUGAGUGCUAUGCUCACGGCUGAAGCCUCUGUGGCUAACUCGCAUAACAAUGCCAAGCGCAAUUCCGUUGGAAACUUCACGAGUCCUUUAGAAGACACUGCAAGUAGUGGAGAUCGUGGUGACAGCAGAUCAUUAGGUCUUACUGCUUCUACAGAAGAUAUCUUCCAUUGUCGAAAUAGCAGUUUCAACGAGUUAAUGAGCGAAAGUGCAUCUGGUUCACCUCUUCAAAAUCCUUCCUUCUCUCCCAGUGAAGCGCCAAUCUCCCCAAUCAUCAAUGAAGAAGCCAAAGUCAAAAGAAGCAACUCCGGUUUUAGCCAAACACAUCAUCGCGGAGGCUCUCAAGUUGGUCUCACUUCUCCUGAACCCAUUUCUCAGGUUGCCAGAGAGUUAAUCAAUUAG